AUGAGUCAAGCUCGAGCCAUCGCUCCGUCAGCUCGCCCAGAAGUACAACUGCGACAAGUAGAUCUGGAGAAAGUGCUACGAUCGUUUCCCACCACAUGUCAGCAACUGCAGAAAAAAGAAGUGCGGACACUCGAACGAUAUUCGCAUCAAGAAGAAGUUGAAAGCAACCAGAAUCCGGCAUCCGAUUGCGAAGACAACAACGACACGAGCUGUGCACAUGAGAAGUCGGAUGGAUCAUCGUUUUACUACAGCAUCAAUUUAACGAAAUUGAUGAAUCUCUUCGAUCAACAACCCACAAGUUCUGAAGGUGAAAGAGAUCUUUUAGAAAAAGCUUAUUAUUCUCCUAAAACAGGAUUUUGUGGUAUCAAUGAGUUAGCAAGAAUAACAAAGAAGCCUAUCAAAGAUGUCAAAGAGUUCCUGAAUGAACAAGAUGUUUACACUCUACACAAACCAGCUAGGAAGAACUUCAAGAGUCAAGGAGUUUACUUCAGUGGAAUAGAUGAUCAGUGGCAGUCAGAUCUCGUAGAAAUGAUUCCCUACGCGGAAGAAAAUAAAGGAUUUAGAUAUCUCUUGACUAUCAUUGAUUGUUUUUCGAAAUUUGCAUGGGUAGUACCAUUAAAAAGGUAUGAGCACUUAGUAGAAAAGGAAUUAAAUCAUCAUUCUAUAAGUCUUGCAGAAUGUAGAGAAUGGAUUGCAAAUAAGAAAUGUGAAUAUGGAACAAAGUAUGCAGAGUCUUCGACUUUUAGAUACGAAGGAUUGUAUCAAAAAGAAAGAGAUAUUAUAAAAGACAACAAGAACAAAUCCAAAAGGAUCAGGAACUUCGUGAACAACAAAUUCAAAAAGACAAAGAAGCAAGAAAUAAAUAUGAAGCUGAAAGAAAAGAAUUUGAAAGGAGAAGAGAAGAAAAAAUGA